CUCCUCGUAGUAAAGCGGCUGUGGUUCAGUCUCUCUGCGCGUUUCCUCCUUCAGCUCCGGGAGGAGGUGUCCACCCGCACGUAUCUCGUGGUUGGAGCUCUAGGACCAUCCGAGCGGGCAGCGGGAGGGCGGACGGGGAAGAAAUGGCGAAGAAUCGCAACUAAACGGCUUUUCAGACCUCGCUUUUUGCAAAACACUGUUUAGUGGGAACAAUGGUGAAGUAUUUCAGCUGCGCCGGGUUACUUAAAGGCACGUGGGACCAAGUGUCUGUAGCAUUCUGGCAAAGGUACCCAAACCCUUACAGUAAUCAUGUUUUGACUGAAGACAUAAUCUUCCGGGAGGUGACUCCUGAUAACCGCCUCAUUUCCAGGCGGCUCUUGACCAAAACCAGCCGAGCGCCUCGCUGGGCGGAGAAGUUCUUUCCCGGCCACAAGACACGUAAGGCCUACAUCAUUGAGGACUCCGUAGUGGAUCCCAAGGACAAAACCAUGGUCACUCUCACAUGGAACAUCAACCACACGCGCCUCAUGUCUGUGGAGGAGCGCUGUGUGUACAGAGUGAACCCUGACAACAGCAACUGGACAGAGAUCAAGAGAGAGGCUUGGAUCUCAUCCAGCUUGUAUGGCCUCUCCAGAGCUGUUCAGGAAUUUGGCCUGGCCAGAUUUAAGAGCGGGGUCACGAAAACUAUGAAAGGAUUUGAGUACGUCUUGGCCAGAAUGCAAGGCGAAACACCCGCGCGGACGCUGGCGGAGACGGCGACCGAGAAGGCCCGCGAGACCGCGCUUGCUGCUAAAGAGAAGGCGAAAGAUUUGGCCUCUCAAGCACAGAAGAAGCAAUAUGUAUGAUGAGGAGACGGACGCUUGCCAUUGUUUUCUGAAGCCUGUGCCUGAUUUCACCGAGACUUCCUGGAAAGGUUCAGACAGGUUCGGUUCUCGAGGUUCCUGCCCCCGUUCUGUACCGCCACCAAACCUGCUACACCCAUUCCCACCCUUAAUCGGUGUGCUCUUCCACCUUUUUAGGCCUACAGUAGUUUUGAAUUGGCCGCAGGUCGCGUAGUGUUGGAGUGUGAGAUGUGUUCCAGCUACAAAUCCUUACUUUUUCCAACUUUCGCACAUUUCUGUGAGCUCUUUGUUGAUUUUUAUUUUUCUUUGAUUUGUCCACAAUUAAGGAUGUAAUCUCCUAAUCCAGUACCCUUAGGAUCAAAAAGCCACGCCUUCUCCUUCAUUGCUUCAAAUUGAAGUGACAUUGAGCGUUGACGGGUCCAUGUUUUUAGCAGUCAUUGCCUAGAUGUUAUCUAAAUACUGCACCAGAGAUCCAACGAUUGAAAGUAUGGAAGAAAGGGUUGCAGUGGACGGCAAUGUCUGUAAAUAUGCUUGAAAUCAUUAUUUACUGGUACAUGAUAUAUAAUUAUUAAAAAUGUAGCUACAAUGAAAAUCUACAAAGCUCUUAAUUCAGUAGCGUUUGCUUACUGUUCAAUAAACAUUUUCUAUCCAGCGCUGUA